UCGUCGCCAUUUGCAACGCGACGGUCUGCGUGCAAAAGUUAAUCGGAAAUUUUCCGCAAGUUUUCCGCGAGUGCCGUUGUUCGCACAGAUUCCCAGGCCUGCCUCCAAACAGGAUUCACUGGCCAUCGAUAGCAGAAGCGCAUCAUUGCCAGCUAAAGCACAGCGCUUUCUCAGCCGUUUUUUCACUUUCGAUUCAAGUAAACCCCUCCACUUUACCAGCAAGGAAGAAAAUCACAUUAGGAGAUUUUCCUUUUUUCUCAUCGACCUUGUACAACCAUGGCCAACUAAAAAGAUGUCUGCACACAAAGUGUCAUCCGUCAGCAGCAGCUUCAACGCUCCGUACUGUGGGGGAAAAGUACUCCUCCGUCCCGAUCCGGAACUGAUUCGGUACCUGGCUGGAGAUUACCAGUUGGACUCCUCUAUUUUUUCCUCGUUUGACCUAGUUUUAAGCAUCAUCGUAAGCUCCGCCAAUGGAGAAGAAUCAUCGCUUUGCGAAUCAGUCCCUGUCCAAGGGGCAGAUAUCUGAUUCAAAGAAAAAUCAAGAUAUUUCAACCAAGUGGCCUCGCAACUCCAAAAGACGUGAGCAACCAAUCUUAGGUGGAUUUAAGCCGGAAAAUAGUCGUAGUACCAGCGGGAAAGCAACACCAGCGGGCAAAAAUCGUAACCAGACUAACUUUAACUAUGACAAGCGCUCGAGGCAGCACCCGGAAGCAACUUGUCCGCCACUUCCGGCGACUGCAGCUUGGACACUUGAUACAACUGAUCAGUGCGACGACCACCACGAGGGAGCCGGACUAGCGUCGUACGCUGACAGUGAAUCAGGCACUGUAAGGCAUGAACUACAUUCAGUGUUCUCACCUGGUUCAAAGAAACAAAGUUUGAACCAUUUGUUGAACUUCCAUUACACGCCCCGGGAUCGUGAUCAGCCCAUUCGGCUCAGCAAGACGGGCAAUCUUCGUAGCUACGCGAAGAAGAUCACUUACAACAAGGAACAAUAUUUGCAAGCAAAUUGCCAAUUUGUCGUACGUGCUGGUGAGGAUUAUACUCCACUUCUAGCAACUCCUGAUCAUUUAGUGGAUUGGGAAAAAAUCGAGCAAGUUCACAACUUUAGCUCCGAAGAACCGCAAUGUCCCAUCUGUCUGUAUCCACCGGUGGCGGCCAAAAUGACCAAGUGUGGCCACAUUUACUGUUGGCCUUGUAUUUUACAUUAUCUUGCAUUGUCUGAUAAAGCUUGGCGCAAAUGCCCCAUCUGCUAUGAUGCGAUCCAUGUUCCUGAUUUACGAAGCUGUGUUCUAAAACCAUACCACUCGUACACUGUUGGCGAAUUUGUAAGCUUCCAACUGAUGCAUCGUGAGAAAACAUCCAUGAAGGUGAAAAACGCAUCCGACGCUGGAAAGAAAAGUCUUGAGAUUCCGCUUUUCAAUUCCAAUAUCGGUAACUCUAUUCUCACCAAGUUACUCGUCGCUGGAACACCGGAAAUCUUUACCAUUAUCGAUCGCGAGCAGCAGGAACUAGAAAACCAAAUUGUAGUUGAUGGCGUUGAUUGUCCGGAGAAUAUUUUCGUCCAGCAAGCUCUUGAACAACUUAAAGAGCGUAGGGAAAACGUCUUGAGUGGCAAGAUUGUGUCCGUAUCCAGUGGGCUACAACCAGCUCACAUGAGUGAAUCUUCGUCUGACGAAGUAUCAGAAUUUACAGCUGAAGAAAAUCCAACGGAACUUACCGAAAUCGAUGAAGCAGUCGCUAUGGAUCAGUCAUCACGAGCUGACUUCAUGAUCGAUGAGGAUAACAACUUUACCCUUAGCGACAUAGAUAUCGUUCCAACAUUAUCGUGCGCUUCGUCGGAUUACUAUCACUUCUACCAAUCCACGGACGGGCAGCCGCUGUUUCUACAUUCGAUGAACACGCGCAUGCUACAGGCCAUGUAUGGAAGCUUGGACAAAAGCCCCCAGAAGAUCACCGGCAAAAUUGUUCACAAAGACAGCAGCUCCAUGUCUGAGGAUUUGCGAAAACGUUUAAAAUAUUUACAGCAUUUGCCUAUUUGUACUCAAUUCGAGGUAGUUGAGAUAGAAUUUCAGCAGGGUAUAAUCGCUCCUGAAGUGUUGGUCCAGUUUAAAGACGAAGUGAGCCACCGUCGAAAAGGUCGUAAGAAGCGAGCUCAUGCCGAGCGGAUUCGCGAGCGUCAAAUUUUCGAAUUUAAUGAACGCCAGUUGGGUAAAUCUUUGGCACGGUCUGCCAAAAUCAACAUUGAUUCCACCAAACAUUUCCCUUCGUGUGGAACCACCGAAUCGUACGAUUUUAGUCAUGAGUUAGCGCUUGCCACAAGUCCAUCAACAAGUUACGCUUCUGCAUCCCCGUAUCCGUCAGGAUCAUCAUGGUCAAAGAUGUUAUCAACUUCAGCUGCAGCUUCUCGCUGGCCUUCGCUGCCAUCGGGAGGAUCGGUGAAUGUGUUUGGGCCCUUGGCAGCGCCACCACCGAAGAUGUUUCAGGUUACCGGUGCAAAGAUGACUACUACCCCGACCUUGAACAAGCAUCGUUUCGGGUCGGAAAGUGACUACGUAGAGAACUACGAUAUGGAGGAAGCCCGCGCUCCAGAACAAAUGAACAAUUUGGCCUCUGCGAUCGAGGCAGCUCUGGAGAAAGUGUCGUUGAAUUGUGAUCUUGCGUUAUCCGAAGGAGGAGCUAGGAAACAGAAGGGUACCGUUGCCAAUAACACUGGAGCAAAAAAGAAGAAAAACAAGAAAACUCUCCUGUUUGCUUCCGGUAUGAAUUUGAAUUAAGUUUCGUUCGAGCUUAUCCCGCCUAAA